AUGCUGAUGGUGGUGCCGCCGCCGCUGCCGCUGCGCUGGCCGCUGUGGCUGUCGGACCGGCCCCCUCUCUCCUCUCCAAAGGCUACUUCAUUGCGCUCCAAUGAUCUAUAUAUUCCGGGGCUGGGUUUUACCAAACGUAACUCGCAGCCCCCGGCGAGGGGAGGGCGCCUGCGGAGAGCCGGGCGGAGGGCGGGGCCGGAGCGCCGGGGCGGAGCGUCUCGCUCCCCGCGCCCCUACCCGGGAUUUGGUCGCGUCCAGCUGUUUCCCGGGGAGUGCGCGCCGCGCUCCGCAGGGUCCCAAAGGCCCUCAGUCCCCGGCCCGGCCGGCCGCCGUCUGGAGCUUGUGUGUCAGCGUUUCCAUGACAAAACCCGGAGGAAAAACACACGAAUAAAAUCGCCUCGGUGCCGCCACCCCCUCCUGCCGGCGAGUGAAGAGGGAAGUGGCGGGAUGCGGGUCGGGCACGCGAAGCGCGUAGGGAGCCGGCGGUUUGUGCUGAUUUCAAAGCCCUGGGCAGGGUAG